UUAGCUUGUAAUUUUUAAGAGGUCUACUAAGACAUUUGCAUGUUUUAAUUUAAACACACCACUCUGCAUCUUAGACUGAAGAAUAUUUGGUCUAGGGGUGGAGUGGAGAAGAUAGAGAUACGAGGUUGUUCCCUGGAUACAACAGUUUUUUGCUUAAAAGUUGAGGGCGAAUUCGGGGUUGUCGUUUAGGGAAGAGGAGACAUGGCCACUCAGGUGGAGACUCUCCUACCAAACAACCCUCUUUUGAAACAGGACGAGCACGACCAUGGAAGCCAGAUGAAACGUGACGAAAGUUGUCAGGAGAAGGAGCCGAAGCAGACGGUUGUUGGAGAUGAGGGGAACGGUGAGAGAGGUGUUUCGGAACAAGGAGGGCUUAUUCUUAAGGAUCAGAGCCUAAAUCUAGCAAAAGAGGCCACUAACAGUCAAGAAAAUGAGAGUGGGGGUCGAGAAUCUUCGACAAUAAAAAGUUCUGGCGGCCAAACGGAUGACGUUAAAAUCAGUAAAAAGGAGUUUGCCGAAGCCCCUCCGCCCAAGGUGAACCCAUGGACUAAGAAAAUGAAUGCGGUGACCGUGGUCAGUGUGAAUGGACAGACACAUCAUGAACAAUCCGGAUCAGCCAAGGUGGUCAGGGCAGGGAACCCACGACCUAGGAGGGGAGGAAAGGUUGGAGAUUUUUCAGAUGCGAACAACUGGCCAACACCUGGAGAGAUCGCCACUAAAGAAGUUCAGAUUCAGGGUGUGACUGGGACCAGCGGCAUGCCGGUCAGGCAGGACAGAGAGGCGGGCGUUUCUGGGAGAUCCCCUGCCCAGAAGAAAUCCACGAUCAAGAGGGAAUCGAAGGAGAAACGGGAGAACGAGGAGACCAAGGAGAACCAGAAGACCAAGUCUGACGAGUCUGGCGAGGAGAAGAAUGGAGAGGAGAAAUAUGGGCAGAGAAAGAAAGGAAACAAGCAUAAGUGGGUGCCCCUUGUUAUUGAGGUGAAAUCUGAGGGUCCAAGAGAACGCUCUGCCUCGAGGAACAACGCACGGCAAAACGAGGCCCCUAGAAUCCCCCCCAACAGCCGAAAUGACCUGAGGGACUGGCACAGUGGGAAGUAUGAUGCGGAAUCCCAGGAUGACCAUGAUGAGGUGUCCAGUGUGAAGAGUGAGGGCGCUCCCUUCAGGGCAGGGUUCAGAGGUCGAGGUCGCGGCAGAGGACGAGGAAGAGGAAGAGGCCGGGGUGGGAACAGAGGCCACUUCGACUACCACUAUGGAUAUAAGGCAUAUGAUGGAAAGGAUGGUGCCUACGGCCAGAAGUUCAACAGUGCUGUCACAUAUUACUACGACAACAUGAGCAGUGCUGACCUGUACUCCGUGGACCAGGAUCUCCUCAAGGACUACAUCAAACGGCAGAUCGAAUAUUAUUUCAGCGUUGACAACCUGGAGAGAGACUUCUUCCUGCGCAGGAAGAUGGAUCAGGAGGGGUUUCUGCCCAUAGCGCUUAUCGCCAGCUUCCAUAGGGUCCAGGCCCUCACUGCAGACCUCAGCCUCAUUCUGGAGGCGCUGAAGGACAGUAAAGAAGUGGAGAUCAUUGAUAUGAAAAUUCGCCGUAAGGUGGACCCAGAGAAGUGGCCAUUACCUGGACUAACUGUGCUGGAUCAUUCCCAGACUGAUUUCUCCCAGCUCAUCAACUGCCCUGAGUUUGUGCCCAGACAGGCUGUGGAGAAACCCUCAGAGCCUGCGAGGUCGUCCACCCCAGUGCAGACCAAGGCUGACGACCUCAGUAACUUAAAGACCAUGCCCAAGGGCCUGUCAGCCAGCCUGCCUGAUCUCGACUCAGAGUCCUGGAUCGAGGUGAAGAAGAGAUCUCGGCCAUCGCCGGCGAGACCUAAGGCAGAGGAGGCGCGGACGCCAGCGCCGUCCGGCUCGGCCCAGACGGAGGACCAAGACGAGCCGGAGGAGCUGGACUUCAUGUUCGACGAGGAGAUGGAGCAGAUGGACGGCCGGCGGAACACCUUCACCGACUGGUCUGACGAGGACUCCGACGGCGAGAUAGACGACCGCGACGUUAACAAGAUCCUCAUCGUCACCCAGACGCCGCCCUACCUGCGUAAGCAUCCUGGGGGAGACCGCACUGGGAACCACGUGUCUCGCUCCAAACUGACCAGUGAGCUGGCUAAAGUUAUCAACGACGGACUGUACUACUACGAACAGGAUCUAUGGGACGACACGUACGAACCCGAAUACGCCACGAUUAAGCAAGAGGUGGAGAACUUUAAGAAGGUCCAUCUUAUCAGCCGAGAACAGUUUGACUGUCUGACCCCAGAACCUCCUGUGGACCCGAAUCAGGAGGUCCCCCCCGGCCCCCCGCGGCCCCAGCAGAUUCCAACAGAUGCCUUGGCAAACAAGCUGUUUGGUGCUCCAGAGCCAUCGACAAUAGCCCGCUCGCUGCCGACUACCGUGCCUGACUCGCCCAACUACCGCAGUGCCCGCACCCCCCGUACGCCUCGCACCCCGCGCCUCAAGGACCCCACGCAGACGCCCCGGUUCUACCCCGUGGUUAAAGAGGGGCGGCCGGUUGACGCCAAGACCCCGCGGAAGAGGAAGACCCGACACAGCUCCAACCCGCCCAUGGAAUGUCACGUGGGCUGGGUCAUGGAUUCCCGAGAGCACCGUUCACGCACUGCCUCAGUCAGCUCAAAUGCUAGCCCGUCUGAAGGAACCCCGGCACUUGGGAACUAUGGCUGCACACCUCAGUCUCUUCCCAAAUUCCAGCACCCCUCUCACGAGUUACUCAAGGAGAACGGCUUCACGCAACACGUUUAUCACAAGUACCGUCGACGCUGCCUUAACGAACGCAAGCGACUGGGCAUUGGCCAGUCUCAAGAGAUGAACACGCUGUUUCGGUUCUGGUCAUUCUUCUUACGGGAUCACUUCAACAGGAAAAUGUAUGAGGAGUUCAGACAGCUGGUGGUGGAGGACGGGAAAGAGGGCUACAGGUACGGACUAGAGUGCCUCUUCAGGUAUUACAGCUACGGUUUGGAGAAGAAGUUCCGGCCGGACAUCUUUAAAGACUUUCAGGAGGAGACCAGAAAAGACUAUGAAGCAGGCCAGCUGUAUGGACUGGAGAAGUUCUGGGCGUUUCUGAAGUAUUCCAAAACAAAGAAUUUGGAGAUUGACCCCAAGCUGCAGGAGUACUUGAGCAAGUUCAAACGCUUAGAGGAUUUCAGAGUGGACCCCCCGAUAGAGGAAGGAAGCCGGAAGAGACACCCCUCCAGCAGUGACGGGCGUCGCCGUCACCCCUCCCAGACCUCCAGCCGACCCAGCAGCCAAGCGAGCAUGAGCCCGGUCCAGUCCACCGAGGGCUCCGCCAAAAACGCAAGCCAGCGUUCCACCGCUGCCGCGCCGGACGCCAAGACGCCAAAGUAACCUUGGCUGCCCCGGUUGAAUUUCGCCAUCUUAUCCUCUGUCUAAGCCAGGGGGGCUCCAGACAGCUCAUGCAAGCAUGACAAAGGCAACUUUACAACAAACGGCUCCCGAGAAAAAAAAAUCAAGGCUCUUCCAUAUCCCCCCCCUUUGCUUUGAGACAUCGACAUUUUUACGUGUACAGAUGGACUGAGAGACUGUUGAAGGGAUGACAAAAUGUUCCUUUCAUUAUUUUUUGUGAACCUUGACUUUAAUUUUCCCAUGGUUUCAGUUUAGGAUGGAUAUGG